UUUUUUUUUAGUUACGUCCUCAUUACUUUUCUAGUCUCACUCCAUCAUGUCUAAUGCUAACACUAACACCUAUAUCCCCCCUCCACCUACGCAAGGCCAUAACCCCUAUCCACCAUCACCACAACAUCAAGGGCCUGCUGCUCGGUCUCCUAAUAUGCCAACGUAUGCCCCUAGUGGGCCUCAGUCCGAGUUGCCCUCGCCUACGACGAAUCAAAUCAACAUCUCGGGCCCUCUCGACCUCAAGACAUCAGGUCCACAGCCUAUCCUGCCCCCAGUUCGAGAUGCACACCCUCCUCCUCGGCCCAGUCUCCCUAGCAGAAGCGCAAGUCUGCGCCGUGCACCUUCGCAAAACGCGCAGCGCCAAGAGUCCUCUGCUGGCUCCGUCAACCAUACCCUGAAUAGCCAGGAAGUGACCACAGCAUCAUCUGUCAAUGGCGAAAAUCAGAAUCAGAAUAAUCAGCAAUCACACCAGCAAGGGAACUUGGCCUCUGAUCAAUAUCAACCCCCUUCACCAUAUUCUAAUCAGACCUCCCCUCAGAACUCGCCUAGUAUCCGAACACAACCAAACAGUCCUGGAAAUGACAAUCACCCUGGCACUAGUCCAACCAGCAGCUAUUUUGACAACAAAAGCUCUACUCAAAGUGAUAAUGCCUCACUCCUGACAGUCGCCUCAUCUUCGGGCUUACAAAGAUCCAACAGCAAGAUUAAUUACUCCUCGCCACUCUUGCGCCACCAAAGUCGAUCGGGACCACCUUCACCUUCAACCCCACAUCAACCAUUGAAGCGCCAGACAUCUAUCCUGAAGAACGGCUCCAAGGACGCACCCUAUCUGUCGAACGUCAAAAGCUACCACAGCCACCUCGAGACCCUGAAUCAAACCUGGGAGCCUCCAGGUCCUAUCUCGGUCGCUUCAUCUUCUGCAUCACCACCUUCGUCUGGAUCUCAUCAUCCACUUGCAAAGCUUGGAUCAGCGUCUAAUCUAAGGGCCUUGGCAACAGCAGCAGCAACAGUAACAGCUUCUGGCACAGAAGGUCCAACGGUUACUUCUGUUCCACUCAGCCCAAUGAAGAGUCAAGAGCUGUCAGCCGCCGGAAUAGCCUCUCCAGGAGAUGGAUCCGGUUUACAGGGAGCAAUAGCAUCAACCGAUGGUGCUCAACAUGCUCAGGAACCUAAGGAUAAGACAGUUCAUGUACCGACGUAUGAUUCAGACAACUACAAGGUGCCUGUACCUCCUUCUCCUGUGGUAUCUCCACGCAUGGGGCCAACACAGAGCAAUACACAGAACACAUUCAAUUUCCUCAAUUCAGACCCUACCUUGCAACGAUCGACCUCCAGGAGGCGCGCACCACCCAUUCAAGUCCAAGCUGGUCAGUCUCCUCAGUCCGCUCUCUCUCCACAGUCAAUGACUUCACCCAUCUCCCCUGGCCGCCGUCAUCCUUACCAUCGCUGGGAGAACGUAGUGCCUUCACACCAUACGGAUGGCUCUGGAAAAGAUCGUGCGCAUGGACAAGGACAAGAUCAUCAGGAUGACGGAGAUUAUGAGGAUGAAGGCGUGAACGAUGAUACGGAUGGCGAUGUCCUUUCCGGACCCGAAGAUCAUACUGAUCGUCGCCACCAUCGUCGCCAGAAACCUGAGGGCACACCAUUUACGCCCACACGGUCUGCGCCACAGCCACCCCAUCUGAAUGGCGCCGUGAUACCAAACUCGCGUGAGGCUGAAAUCGCUCAUAUCAUGUACAUUCAACAACAACAGGCGUUGUUUUUGCAAGAGAAAGCCAUGAAUCCACCAUUGCGGAACAAAAUCAGUAAUGGAAACCUAUCCGGAGGCAACUCGGAUGGGACAAAGCCCCACCGAAAGGGAUCUCGCCGUAAAAAGAUCACUGUUAUCAGCGAACCUAAGCUCGUGUCAACUACUAAUCAAAUCAAAACCGUUCCCAUCGUUCGCCCUGUGGAUCAAUCGGACAACGAAGAUGCUGGAGCUAAAUCUGAAUAUACAAGUGGCGGCGAAGGCAUCAAAAAGAAGGUACAGAAGAUGCGCAAAGCAGUCCGCCAUGCUGCAAAUGGUGUUUUUCAUGACGAUGAUUCUGAUCGUGAGGAUGCCCAUGGGUCUAAGAGCGAUGCAGAAAAGAAAGGUGGGUUGAAGCAACUUAAAGCGUUGAAGAGCAAGCUUGCCAAGAGGUUGAAUCGUCCUGGCCAUGGCGGCGAUUCGAGACGUGAUCAGAACGGUGAGCUAAACGAGCAAGGUGGUGAAGAGGGUAGUCGUGGACCUGUUCAGUUCUUCUCUGAGGAUAAUCUCCGAGCAAGGUAUCUAGCACAGGAACAGCAAGGCGGAAACAGCUUUGCUGCCAUGGGCGCCUCAUUGCGUAGAAGCAACACUACCCGUGAUAACGCGAGUGGAGGAGCCUCUUUGCUCAAGCGUCAUGACCAAGCGGAUGGAGAUAAACAGGAGUAUGAGGCUGAAGAGGAAGGAAAGGAUGGUCAAGAGGCUGAUGCCGCUUCUACGCAGCAGGGGGCUGAUGAAGAAGCUGCAAAGAAGGCAAAAUUAGCCAAAUUUGCUAGCAGAACGUUUGACAAAGACGAGAUGAUUGAAGUGAAUGACGGCUCUGGAGAAUCCUUCUUUGUCCCUCGAUGGGACAUGGACCCUAGAGCCGAUGAGUUGAAGUCCUCUAAAUCCGUUAUCAGCGUUCAUUCUACUAGAAAACUUGAGCGAUCCACAUCAAGCUCUACAACGACUUCCGUAAAGACAACGAAACCAGCGGCGUCCAUUGCUGAGCGUUUGCAGAGCUCUGCGGAGGCCGAAGAGACCACUGACAUUACUGAGACAGCUGAAAGCACCGGCACAGAGAAACCAAUCAAGGCAUCAAAUGGGGCUGUUUCUGAAAUGACUCCUGCUGAGGCAGCAAUGUUGAACAUCACUGUUGCUCCCCUUGCGUCUAGCGAUGCAUCCUCAGCUGAAACAGUGACAGCAACCACGACCACAAAGGAGAAGGAUCCAAUCAAGGCAGAUGAGGGAGUCCAAUCGGGCCUGAAGAAUUUGGAUGAACCCUUGCCCACCACUGCUGAAACUGCUAGUCAAGAAACGCCACAAUCCCCAACAGCUGAGGAUGCCACUGAAAUUCAAGACGUGUCGACCACAUCCUCCUCUGGGCUCGCCUCGAGGACCUCCGUCCAGAGUGAGACAUCAUCUAACGUGUCUUCGGUUGGAGGUAUUGUUUAUGCGCAAGUGUUGACUCGUCAAUCAUCCAUGAGACGAAAUUUCAAGCGCACAGAAAAAGAUGAUCUUAAUGAGAAGAGUGAAACCGAGGUACAAACUUCUGCCACAAACACAUCCGAGGAAGCAGAGACUAGUCCUACUCCAAGCCAAAAGUCCUCCCAUUUUGGCCUAGGUAUCUCCUUACCAUUGGCAGAAACUGAAGUUAAUCAAAAGGAUAUCUCUGAACAGACCGUGGCAGCGCCACUCAAUACCGAGAAAGAACUCCCUCCUCUUCCUACGAAUGAACAAGCGGAACUCGCCAUUCCAGAAUCCGGGGCUUCUGCUUUGAUGACCGUACGUCCAUUGUCGCCCAUCCGCCGCUGUGCAAGCGAUUUAGAAAGAUCCCCCUUCCCAGCGAGCGUAGCUUCUGGUCUUUCCACGCGAUCGAGUGCCGUCAAUGAUCAAGUCGACGCUUCUCUCGAUACAGCCACGCAAUCUAGCCAACAAUCAUCCGAUUUGGGUGACAAAAAGACGAACGGCCUCCGCAGCAUGUCAAGUAGUUCUUUGACACUUCCUGCUGCGCCUACCUCUCCUCUUCCUUCACCCUCAAUGUCCUCGAACACUCCAUCAGUAGGCCCUAUGAUGCCGUUCCCUGCUGUGCUUGCUCGUCAAGGUUCAUAUUUAACUGAGAGGGGCUCGGUUCGAUCAAUGUAUGCGGACAGUAUCUAUGACUGCUACGAUUACGACUCGGCUUCGGAAUUGGACAGUCAAGCAGGUCUUGAGCUCCAUCCUGGCUCUAGACAGGGAUCAUUCAGUAGUCCUCGCAUCCCCACGCUCGUUUCAGAACAAAAUGAGGCGCCUGUGAUUCGUUUGCGGAAACCAGAUGCUGCUUACAAUGGUACAGACCUUAAGGAAGAAGAGCAGCACAUCCAUUAUGAGGAUAUUCCAAAGGCCGUUCCUUAUCGUAUGUCGAUGAUGACUACUGUUCCUGUGGAGCCUGUCGGUGUGGCAGCCUCGCUUUCAAUCCCUUCGCGGCCCCCUAGACAUCCUAUGCGUCAGAGUCGACAAGGCUCAAUCGGUACACUCAGUGUUGGUAGUAGUGAUCUGACCUAUUCUGACUCCUGGGCAUCCAAUUCUUUCAGGAACACGCGUGAUGAUUUGUCUGGCUGGGGGGAUAAUGAAAGUUUAUAUAGUCGUCGGCCCAGCUUUGCCUCGACCAUGUCCCAGUCACGAGUGAGCCAUCUUAGUCUUCGUAGCGAGCGAACUAUGUCAGUUCUGAUGGACAAGAGCCAUCCCCGUAUUCUGGAUGAUGCAGACGUCUCUUCACUGAAGAGACGCGGUUCUGAGGCGUCAGCUACAUCAGUUCGUUUCCCUCGUGAGCCUCAAGAUGAGGUAUCGCGUAGACAAUGGUUUAGUGAACGCAACUGUGGGACCUGGGGGUCGAUCCAAACAUCGUCUUCUGACAGUGUCUCGUCCUCAGCUUCAUCGCGCUCUUCACAAUUCUAUUUCAAUGGUCAUUCGCCCACCCCUUCACCAACAGAAGAGAGGGCACCUAUCUCAAGUGCAUUCUAAGAUCCCUUGUUUUUCUUUUGUUACGGAUAUACUACAUUGCUAAGAUUUUAUUUUGCUUUAAUUAUAAUAUUAUUCCUGUAGUAUCGAAAAUGUAUAAGGAAUAACUUUCGUAUACGUAAACUAAUUAAUAAUAAUAAUAAUAAUAAUAAUC